CACACACCAUGUACAAUGUAAUUAUCGUGCCAAAUGGGCGCACCGUAUCUGCAGAUGAUUUGGAUGGCGUAUCGACAGUUCGUGCCAACCUGUCGAAUGGAUUGGCUUUGUUGAUCGAACCUCACAGCCGAAGCUGUCAAGCAUGCAGGAAGAAGCGAACCUAUUGUAUACACGAGGAGGGAUUCGCAUGCUAUACAUGUCGCGCGAGUGGCGGAUGUUUGUACAACAGCAGUCAAACGGUCGAGCCUCGUCGUGGUAACACAUCCACGCCCUCGAAGAGACAGAGACCGACUUCUCCAGCUCCCCGUAUACCGUACAAGGACUAUCCUCGUCUUCUCCCAAAUCUCCUUCGCACCAAUACUCCGGCUCGCACUCAAGGUGAACCUUCGCCCCGAUCGCCUAAGAAGCGGCGGACAGAUCAACCACGGGGUUCUUCAACCUCUGCAUCUAAGCAGAAAACUUCGACGCGCAAAUCUGAUGUCGUCGAAGAGCCUACCCUUCCCUCACCUGAUCCGCUCAGCGAUUAUGACGUGGAGGAGCCGGGUGCCGAAUCCGACGACGUGUCGAUCAAGUCAUCAUCCUCGACGCGACACGAGACAUUAGAAGCUGUGCGGUCUCUCCGAGAGGUCGAGCUUCCCUUGCCUCAGCUUUCAGCCAGGUUGAGUGACACGAUGGCGUUCAUCUCGCGAGCAGAACCAGUCUGGGAGCUGACGCGCUCCCAUAUCUGGCCCAUUCGUGAGCUCUCGGAGUGGUGUAAUGCUGAAGGCCGGAAUCUGCGAGUGGACGUACGCCAGGAAGCGACCCUUGCGUGGGAAACGUUCCAGCAGGGCCAGAUCGCGAUGCAGGACGCACUCGAGAAGGCGAAGAAGGAAGCAAGGGUGCUCAUGGACACGAUAGCGAAAAGAUUGUGAGACAGACAUGUAUUGAAUUAUGGUAUCAUGUAACCUCUUUGUACACGUUCUAGAGCAUCUAAGGGAUAAAUAUACAGGGGAAACGAGAAAUUCAUUGCGUCGUGUCAAACCACUGGGAAGAAAAGGGCGGAACCUACGCCUGACCAGGGAACUCCUGCUCCGCGUUCUCCUCCGUUUGACCUGGGAAUAUCUCUCUGUGUCUCUGAGGUGCUUGUCCAGGGAAUUCCUGAGUGUACACGCGUUGCGGUCGCGGAGGGGGUGUCGUCGCCCAGUGCAUAACCUUCUGGAGGAUGGAAAGUGCUGAUCCUGAAGUGCCCGAAUGCGAGCUCGUCUGUGAAAGGGAGGCGGUCGACCCUUUUGGGGAGGGAUCAGAGAAGUAGGUAUUGCUGGCGGUGGACAUGAUGGGGUACGUCAAAA